UUAGAUUUCGAUUCACUAUAUAUCUACAUACCAACACCAGAGCAAUCGUAUUACCAAUUCCUCAAAGCUUUAGAAUAUUUACCAAAGAAAGAUGUUCAAGACAUAUUUCAAUAUUAUGAAGAAAAAGAAGAAGAAGCGGAAAUAAAAGAUGUCAUAGAUAACUACAUUGAAGCAAAGAAUCCAACGGAUAUAAAAGUUUUUCUUACGAAAAAUGUUAAUGACCUAGACUUGUCUAAUAUUGAUAGCAAUCGAAAGAACUUAAUAUUAUUUGACGACUGCGUAGCGCAAAGAAAUCAAGCUGUUCAACAAAAAUUCUUCACGAAAGGAAGACAUCACAACUGUCACUGCAUAUACCAAUCCCAAUCUUUUUACGGGAUGGAUUCUAUGGUCAUUAGAAAAAAUGCACAUCGUUUUUUAUUAUUUGAAUUAAACGAUAAAGAUUUAUCUCAAAUCAUUCAAUCGAUUAAUCACGGAAUGGACAGAGAUGCAUUU